CGUUCAACAAGUACUGACAACGCACGACAUUCCUGGAUUAGUGAUUCAGAAGGGUCGAUCGCUCUCGCGGAGCAUCCGAAUUUUCCGAAUCGAUGACGAUCAUCACGCGAUCUCAUAAUUCAUAAAUCGCUACGAAAUCGCUCCUCGUUCGCGCGACAACGGGACUCGUAUUGGCGAGGGAGCGACUGGGCAACGGAUUUAAUGGCGUUCGCACGCCCGUAAUCGCAAUCCCGUUCGCAUCGCGUCGUCUGCAUCCAACUCGCUCAGCUGUCGUGACGAUGCUUGUGACGUAACUGAAUUAUUAUAUUAUGGUGGAGUGUCGGGACUGAGAGGGUGUCACACGCCUCGCAAUCUAUUUACCAUUCUGCUCCGUCACUGUGACUCUGAAUCCCGGUGAACUCGCGAGGGAAACCAGCCUCGCCAGCGACGGGCCGAGAUGGACAGCAACAAGGACGAGGCGGAGCGAUGCAUGGAGCUCGCGGAGCGGUUUAUGCGCGAGAGAAAGUACGACGAGGCCGAGAAAUUCGCUCGCAAGGCCCAGAAGCUCUAUCCGACGAAGAAGGCCGAGGAUUUGCUGGCGGAAGUGGCUCUACUCUCGAAGCAGAACCAGAAGUCGGAGUCGGCUGAGCCUAACGUUAGAAAGCGGCAGAAUGUAACUAAAGACGGAACACAUUCCCAGAGUAAUUCUGAGUAUUCGAAAGAACAGUUGGAGCAUAUAAAGAGGAUAAGGAAAUGCAAGGAUUAUUAUGAGAUCCUAGGUGUCAGCAAAGACGCUACAGACAGCGACAUUAAGAAGGCUUACAAGAAAUUAGCGCUUCAAUUACAUCCUGACAAAAACAAAGCACCAGGUGCUGCCGAGGCUUUUAAAGCUAUUGGCAAUGCGGUUGCUAUUCUUACCGACACGGAGAAACGGAAGCAGUACGACAUGUAUGGUCCCGAAGAAGAACGAAUGCAGAAUGCACACAGCCGCCAAGGCCAUACGCAUUACAACUAUACUCGUGGAUUCGAAGCCGAUAUCACGGCCGAAGAAUUAUUCAACAUGUUCUUCGGCGUCGGCUUCGGGCAACAAGAAUUCUAUAUGCGUCGGCCAGGUGGAAGAUGGAUGCGGCAAUCAGAGGCGCAAGCGCAACAUGCUCAUUCUCAGCAAGCAAACGGAUACACCACAUUUCUUCAGAUGUUACCAGUUCUGUUACUAAUAUUAUUAACCAUGAUGAGCAGUUUUUUCAUAUCCGACCCAGUAUAUAGCCUGCAUGCAAGUUCGAAAUAUUCUGUGGCGAGAACAACUCAGGUUUUGAAAGUGCCAUAUUAUGUUAAGGAGAAUUUUCAUAGUGAAUAUCAAGGCAGCUUACGUAGGCUAGAAAUUUCAAUUGAAGAGGAGUACGUGAGUAACUUGAGGCAGACCUGCGCCAGGGAGAAAAAUUACAGAGAAGGUAUAAUGUGGAAAGCCCGUAAUUUGGGAGAUCAAGAUCUGUUCUUGAAAGCUAAAAAUCUCGAAACACCCUCGUGUAGAAGACUACAAGAACUGCAAGCAUAAUACAUAAAACAUGUAAACUAAAAAUAUAAGUUUUGCGUGUUGUAGAUAGAUAUAUAUAUAUAUUAUAUUUACACAUGUGUAUAAUUGCCUUUGGGUGUAUAAUGAGAAUUUGUUAUAAAAUGCAAUUACGUAUGCGAUAUCUUUAUACACUCGGAGUAAAUCAUAUUACGAGAUCCACACACCAUAUGUAUUGAACGACUCUAGCGUUCGUUUCAUGCAAAUUUCAAAUUGCAUGCUGAACGGUUGCUAUGCAGAGUAAAUGAAGUUUUAAUUUUUAUUAAUUCAACUUGAGUGAAAAUAUACAUAAAGAAGCCUCUUUCUGUUUUGUCAUAUAAUUUCCAGUCUCUCGAAACAAACGUAUAUAUUGGUUGUAAAACUAUUUAAAGGAUUGUUAAAAGUUGUCUAUAAAAAGAAAAUAAUGUAAUGUAUGUGCGUAUGAUCUUCAGCUUUUCAGGCAAACUAUAGUACAUACUAUGAAA